GGGAAGUACAUGAGCCGGGUCGCGGCCUCCGAUCCGCCGAACCACCUGUGUCGUGUGUCAUCGUUGCCUUUUCUCUUUCCUCUUUCGUCACAUGCAGAGUAUCCUAAUUUGAAUAUCCAAUCUCAAAGUUGCUCAGUCUUUCAAAAUGUUUUGGGCUGUGGUUGUAGGGAUAUCAUGCAUCAAACUACUACUUAUCCCAGCAUACCGGUCAACUGACUUUGAAGUUCACCGGAACUGGUUGGCAAUCACACACAGUCUUCCAAUAGACGAAUGGUAUUUUGAAGAAACGUCAGAAUGGACAUUAGACUAUCCUCCGUUAUUCGCUUGGUUUGAAUGGUUAUUGGCGAAGGUGGCACAGUUCUUUGACCAAGAAAUGCUGAAAGUGCAGAACCUGAGCUAUGCCUCACCAAUGACAGUGCUAUUCCAGCGGCUGUCAGUGAUCGUAACUGACCUUGUGUAUGCUUAUGGCUGUAAACUUUGCAGUGACGAAGCUGGAAGAUUCUCUGGCCGCAGGGACGUGAUUGUCCCUCUCUUCAUUAUUCUGUUUAGCAAUGCUGGGCUCUUGAUUGUGGACCAUAUUCACUUUCAGUACAAUGGCUUUCUCUACGGCAUCAUGUUCUUGUCCAUUGCAAGAGUCCUGCAGAGGCGUGAAAUGGAAGCUGCCUUUUGGUUUUCCAUUCUGCUCAACCUGAAGCACAUCUACCUGUAUGUUGCCCCGGCCUACUUCAUUUACCUACUCCGUUCCUACUGCCUCUCAUCCACUUCAGAUGGGCGGAUCAAGUUGAAAUUGUCCUCUCUGCUUCGCCUGCUUCAAUUAGGUGUGACAGUCCUGGCUGUCUUUGGGCUGUCGUUUGGGCCCUUUUACCUGAAGGGGCAACUUGGCCAGGUACUUUCAAGGCUCUUCCCCUUUAAGAGAGGUCUGAGUCAUGCUUAUUGGGCACCUAACUUCUGGGCACUUUACAACUUUGCUGACAAGGUCCUGGAAGUAGCAGGUAACAAACUUGGCUAUGUAUCAACUGCGGGGAAAGCCAGUAUGACAGGAGGCCUUGUGCAAGAGUUCGAACAUGCUGUCCUGCCUUCCAUCACUCCUCCAAUCACUUUCAUUGCAACUCUACUGUCAAUAAUCCCAUGCCUUGUGAACCUGUGGAAGACCCCGCACAACCCUUGGCAAUUCAUCCGAUCUCUUGUUCUGUGUGGGUUCGGCUCCUACAUGUUUGGUUGGCAUGUGCACGAGAAAGCCAUCCUCUUGAUAAUUCUUCCUCUUGGAUUGUUGUGUCUGCAGAAAAAAAUUGAGGCUCAGCUGUUCAUCAUAAUGUCAGUGGUGGGCCAUUUCUCCCUGUUCCCGUUGUUGUUCACACAUCAUGAAACGCCCAUAAAAGUCACGGCCCUUCUGCUUCAUGCUGUAUUCACAAGCUACACCCUGCUGAAUUAUUGGUUGCCCAGCAAGAACUCAGGACUUGUUCCAAGAAUUCCCUUGUGCAACAUUGCCGAAACAAUUUAUUUAUUAGGUUUGGUUAAUAUUUUCCUCUAUCAACAAAUAGGCCACCAACUAUUAGGCUUGGAGGAAAAAAUGCCAUUUUUGCCACUGAUGUUGGUAUCAGUUUACUGUGGUAUGGGUGUAACAUAUUGCUGGCUGAAGUACUAUCGUUCCAUCUUGUCUAGUGUAAAAAAGGGAAAAAAGAAGGCCCACUAGUUAUAUAUAAAACAGAGGAAAAUCACUCUAAAGCAUAUCUUUUCAGUUUCUGUUUAGGUCAGUAAAUA